CAAUGUACAUUUAUUUACAUGUCAUGGCGUAAAAUGUUUAUAAAUAUACAUAUUUAAAUAUAUGUUCUUGUAACUGUAUAGACUUUAGGAAGAUUUCUGAAAUAGAAAUUUUAAUUCCUUGUAAUUUAUUUAUAUUAGUCUCAUUAUACCAAAAAAUGAACCUUUUAAAAAAAAAAUAGGUUAAGUCCAGGAAAGUGGUACAUCAAAGAUUUUGAAGAGUUGAGAUGUGAACUUAAAAAAAGGGUUUGGUAUUUUUUUUGUCUGUCGCCAUGAGACGGUUACCUCUUUUAAAACUUUUCAUUCUAUUUUUUUUAUGUGUAACAGUUUUAUACAUUUAUUCCGCUAGCAAUCGUAGCAAAAACAAUACCGAAAUAGUAAAAUCGGGGCAUAUAGUUGACAGUAACCAAGAGAAGCCAUUUAUAGAUAGGAUUGUAAUAUCAUUUGUAGUGUGUGACUCUAGGUUUAAUGAGUCUUUAAAUGUUAUAAAAUCUGUCUUGCUUUUUACAAAGACUCCAGUUUACUUUGUUAUAUUCACUGACAAUAAAUUAAGAUCACAAUUCAAUGAAACUCUCCACAAAUGGAAAGCUAUGUUUGACAACCAGCUUGAUUUUGAAUUACAAAGAAUCAAAUUUCCUGAAGCACACGAAGAAGAUUGGAUGAAUUUGUUUAGUAAAUGUGCAGCUCAACGAUUGUUUAUUCCAAAAUUACUCCCACAUAUUGACUCUAUGAUAUAUGUGGACACAGAUACCUUAUUCUUAGGACCAGCUGAUGAUCUGUGGAAAACUUUUAAAAAGCUUAACAAUUCACAAAUAUCAGCUAUGACUCUGGAAGAUGAUAAUCCUAAUGUCUCAUGGUACCCUAGAUUUGCCAAGCAUCCCUUUUAUGGAAAAUAUGGCCUUAAUUCGGGAGUGAUGCUCAUGAAUUUAACAAGAAUGAGAGAUUUUGGAUGGGUUGAUUAUGUGACACCUAUAAUGUUAAAGUGGAAACUGUACAUUCCCUGGGGAGACCAGGAUAUUAUAAACAUAAUAUUCCAUUACCAUGAAAGAGCUGUAUAUAUAAUGUCCUGUCGUUAUAAUUAUCGCUCAGAUCAGUGUAUGUAUGGAGAUGCAUGCGCUGAUGCUACAGAACAUGGUGUAUUUGUAUUACAUGGCAGCCGGAAAGCUUUUCACAACCACAAACAACCAGCUUUUGAGGCAAUUUACCGGGCCGUUGAUGAAUAUGAAGUUGGAACUGAUCCAAUGAAAAUUCUGGAAAACAUAGAUAAAUAUUUAAUGGAUGCUCCACAGUCGCAUUGCGGUAAUUUAAAAGACGCCUUCCUUAAAAUACCUCUACAAACAUUAAUAAAGAAACACUCGAGACCUGAUAGAUAAUAGAAAUAUUGUUAGACUAACACUGAGACUCGAUGUUUAUUAUAUUAAAUACAGAUAUAAAGAUUUUUCGAAGUUUUGUGCACGUACACUAACGUGCAUCACAAUAUUGGUCAGCUAUAAAAUAGUCGACUAUAUCAUUAAUCGCGAAACAAUAUAUAAGAAUCUGUUAACUUAAACAAUAGUCAGCAAAAAUAAUUUACCAAAUAUUAGAUUGUAAUAGUUUUACUAUGUCAUAUCUAUUACACGAAUAAGUUUUAGAACAGUGGAAUUAUAUUAAAAGCAAAUUAUAUAUUUAAUGUAUUUAUUUAUUACUCUUAUAUGUGGUUAAAAUCACAAAAAUCACGAAACUAUUAUUCUUUAUAUAUUUUUGGUAAUAUAAUUAUAAAAUUUAAGUAAUGUUACUGGGAUUGGAUUUUUGCGUGUUUAUUCUAUCCCGUUCAAUCAUAUGGGCCAAUCAUAUAUUCGCUGCCCAGCCAAUGAGUGCGUUGCAUAUGCCACAUUCGUUUGUUUUACAAUUCAAUUAGGCUGUACCGCAUCACAAACAUGGGUCAAGAACUUAGCCUUAAACAUUAUAAUACCAACUAUUUCUAUAAGUCUUAAUUAAAAAUAUUUUGGU